AUGGCAACCAAUGGUCGACCCGGAGUCGGAAUUGGUGUUGUGGUUACAAGUACAUCUCAUCCAGGCUGUGUGUUAUUGGGGAGAAGGAAAGGAAAGGGAUCUCCAGGAGCUGGCAUGUAUCAACUUCCAGGAGGACAUCUGGAAUUUGGUGAAAGCUGGGAGGCCUGUGCGGAACGGGAGACCCUGGAGGAAGCAGGCCUUCACCUUACCAAUGUCCGUUUUGCUUCAGUAGUCAAUGGAAUUAGUAUUGAACAUAAUUAUCAUUAUAUCACAAUUCUAAUGAAAGGGGAAGUAGACAUGAAUUAUCCAUCAGAACCAACAAAUAGAGAGCCUGAAAAAAAUGAAGGCUGGAAUUGGGUUAAGUGGGAAGAGUUUCCUCCAAAUGACCAGCUGUUCUGGGCUUUGUGCUGUUUAAGACAGCAAGGCUAUAAUCCCUUCACAGAAGAUUUUAAUCAUCUAUACCCAGCCCAGAGAUGA